AUCUGCGGGAAUGUGGGCUGGAGCGGUCCUGCAGCGGUACCAGCCUCCAGCCUGUCGCCUGGACUGCCCCUGACCCGGGCGCCCCGCUGCUCGGUGGCAGGAGGGCCGGCGGAGCGCCAUGGCCUGCAUCCUGAAGAGAAAGUCUGUGAUUGCAGUGAGCUUCAUAGCAGCGUUCCUCUUCCUGCUGGUUGUGCGCCUUGUGAAUGAAGUGAAUUUUCCAUUGCUCCUAAACUGCUUCGGACAACCUGGUGCAAAAUGGAUACCAUUCUCCUAUACAUACAGGCGGCCCCUUCGAACUCACUAUGGAUACAUAAAUGUGAGGACGCAAGAGCCUUUGCAACUGGACUGUAAGCUUUGUGCCAUAGUGUCAAACUCAGGUCAGAUGGUUGGCCAGAAGGUGGGGAACGAGAUAGACCAGUCUUCCUGCAUUUGGAGAAUGAACAAUGCCCCCACCAAGGGCUAUGAAGAAGAUGUUGGCCGCAUGACAAUGAUUCGAGUUGUAUCCCAUACCAGCGUUCCUCUUUUGCUGAAAAACCCUGAUUAUUUUUUCAAGGAAGCAAAUGCUACUAUUUAUGUUAUUUGGGGCCCUUUCCGCAAUAUGAGGAAAGACGGCAAUGGCAUUGUUUACAACAUGUUGAAAAAGACUGUUGACAUCUAUCCCAAUGCCCAGAUUUACGUGACCACAGAGAAGCGCAUGAGUUACUGUGAUGGAGUGUUUAAGAAGGAAACCGGGAAAGACAGAGUCCAGUCUGGCUCUUAUCUCAGCACGGGGUGGUUUACCUUCAUUCUGGCCAUGGAUGCCUGUUAUGGCAUUCACGUCUACGGGAUGAUAAAUGACACCUAUUGCAAGACAGAAGGAUAUAGGAAAGUCCCCUACCAUUACUAUGAACAAGGAAGAGACGAAUGUGAUGAAUAUUUUCUUCAUGAACACGCCCCAUAUGGGGGGCAUAGGUUUAUCACCGAAAAGAAAGUGUUUGCUAAAUGGGCCAAGAAACACAGGAUAAUAUUUACACACCCAAACUGGACAGUGUCUUGAUGUUGGCUUUUCUGACCUUGCCACACCACUUGACAUGAUCAUGAUACUGCAACUGUGAUGCUAAAUAUGUUGAUGCUGGUGAAGAUAAAGACAACAACAGUGAUGAUCAAGUUUCUGUACAUUCUCAGAUAUGGACGGUGAUUCUGCCAGUAAUUCGAACUUGGGAUUUCGUGGAGGGUAGUUGUGCUCAUUACGUUCUUUCUGAAGGUUCAACAUUUCAUACUGCACUUUAUAAUCUAACUGGAAUUGAAAUAAAGGCCAGUAACAUGACAAGAGUGACCUAAGAAAUGGGAAGAUUAUCCUUCAAGAUAGUUGCCCAGGAUUCUUGGACAGUGAGUAACUUCCACAAGCCCUGGGAUUUGGUCUCAUGAGGCAAGGUAUUGACUCUGCUGUCUGUUGAACCUGAGCAGCUCCACCAUCUUGAAGAAUGGUUGAUUGUCAAACACUGACCCAAGAAAUGCUUUCUGGGUACAAGGGUCUUGCCACAGUAACUGGUUGGCCUGGGGGCAGGAAAGGAAUCUCUUCCUGACUUACCAUCUUCCUACAGUACCUCCUACAGCUAAAGCCUCAGGCCAUUUCCUAAUUCACAAGGAAGAUAUGGACAUCCUACCCAUCAGGAUUACUUGACUAUCUCAAACACUUCAUUCAAAAUGGGCUAACUAGCAAAUCUUUUUGAAUUUCUACUCUUGUCACUCCAUUCUUACUACCCCCCAAAAUAUAACUAAACAUAUUACUAGAAUGAUCUGUAUUAAUGUUUAGUUAUUUUUGGUUGAGUGCUAAAUAUUUCAGAAAGCUAUUUAACAAGUAAGAUACCAACACUGUAGUAACAUAGACUGUGAAAACAUUCUUAAAACAUAACCAAAAGGGUUUACUAACUCUGCUUCAACAUCCAACAACACAAAAUUUUAUGCUUUUUAAAGUCUUGAAACAGGGAAAGCAAAGCAUAUUUUUACAUCAAUUUGUAUCCUACCAUACUUCAUAAUAUAUAUAUUUGUAUAUUCAAAUUUCUAUUUUAUAGGCCCAAGAUGUGUCUCUCCACACAUUUCAUUAUCAUUGCCAAGUGCCAACUGUUAGACAUGGAGAGGAAAUGAUUCCUUGUAUUUAAUCUGACCAGAGCUUUUGCCUUCUUGGGGUUUAUUUUCCCCAAACUGUAUCAGUUGCUAUACCAUAAUAACAACAAUAAUAAUGACCUUAAUGUCCAAAGCACUUUGUCAUGUAGAGUCCUUUCACAUAUGCUGUCCCAUGUGAUGCCCGUGACCACCCCAUCAGGCUAUUGCCUAUGCAUUCUGACAUAUUAGCAGAUGGUCUCUAAUUUGUUAAUUGCUACGAUAUAUUCCAGACUGCUCCCCUUGCUAAUAUUUGUAUAGAAUAGAGUUUAUGUAGACUAGUAACCAAUUGAUUUCAGUGCCAAAUACAAUGUAUUAUAUCAGGAUUAUGCAAAAAGUAUCCCAAGGAUGGCCCUGGCCAUAAACUAGGAAUCCUGUGAACAAAAGUACUUUUGGGGCUUCCCUGGUGGCGCAGUGGUUGAGAAUCUGCCUGCCAAUGCAGGGGACAUGGGUUCGAGCCCUGGUCUGGGAAGAUCCCACAUGCCACGGAGCAACUAGGCCCGUGAGCCACAACUACUGAGCCUGCGCGUCUGGAGCCUGUGCUCCGCAACAAGAGAGGCCGCGAUAGUGAGAGGCCCGCGCAUCGCGAUGAAGAGUGGCCCCCACUUGCCGCAACUAGAGAAAGCCCUCGCACAGAAACGAAGACCCAACACAGCCAAAAAUAAAUAAUAAAUAAAUAAUAAAUAAAUUAAAAAAAAAAAAGUACUUUUGAUUUUUUUUUUUUCGUGGCUCUAUUUAGGUGGGGAAAAGACGAGGUAGCAGAGACAACAGGAAGAAAUAAAAGCAAAGAAAUACAGCUUCUCGUCCCCAUCUUAAGAUUACUUUGUUCUCCAUAUAUUCAUUGCUCAUUAAAUAUUAGAGGGUUGAUUUGCUGAGAGAGUAGCUGAGAGACCAAAAACAUCCUCACCAAUGAUUCAAAAGACAAAAGCUGGGCUUAACUUACAGCCUGUUUUGGAGGCUGGAAGUGAUGAUGCAUUUCACCUUGGGAGCCCUUUCCAGGUCUCCACCAGUGCUAAGUCCCAUGAUAGGCUACCUUUAAAAUGGUCCAUCUUGGACAAAAGCCUCUUUCCUGCUCUUUUCUGCCAUUUUAAUACCUCAAUAUUCACAUCCAUAAAAAUGACCAUGUGCCACUUCCAUUGUUGGAACUAUUAUCGUUGUUAUUCUUUUGUUGCUUCCUUAUGUGAUUUUCAGUUCUACGUUUGCUAGUUUUUGUGAGCUAAUGAUGGAUAGAAAUGCCCACUCAAAGAAAAAUAAA